CAGGACCUCCGCUCGGCGUGUGUCCCUGGUAGCAGGACGUAUAAAACCGACGCAUCGGUCAGUGUGUCAUCACAGCCCACAGCCUCCUCCUCCACAGCACAACAGCAGAGCAGCAGAGCAGCUAGCAGCAGCACCAUGAAGCUCCUGAUCGCCUCAGUCCUCCUCGUGGCGGUGGCCGUCCACGCCCGGCCGCAGCAGCAGCAGCCCGCCCCCGUCAUCCAGAUCCUGAAGUACUCGCAGCAGCAGGACCCCGCCGGCUACUACAGCUUCAGCUUCGAGACAGAGAACGGCAUCCAGGCGAACGAGGACGGUACCGUGGUCCGCGCCGGCACCGACUCCGAGUCCACCGCCAAGCAGGGCAGCUUCUCCUACCCCGGCCCCGACGGCGUCUACUACAGCCUGAGCUACGUGGCCGAUGACGAAGGUUUCCGUGCCUCCGGCGCCCACCUGCCCACCCCUCCCCCAAUCCCCGCCGACAUCCUCGAGUCCCUGAAGGAGAACGAGCGCGAGGGCAACGAAUUUGACGAGCAGGGCUUCCUCAAGAAGAAGAGGGCAGUCUAGUGGGAUUUCCUAUGUGAUUUUUCGAACUUUUUUAACUUCCUCAACUUUUCAUGAAACAUCUUAAACGGUUAACAGAUAAUGUGAAUAUGAAAGUGGCCACCUGGCUGCUCUGUGAGAGGGAGUUUCAAGCUGUGAUAUACAUGUCUUAGUUUCUGUAGUCUAUCAUCAUGUUUUGACGACAUUCCAUUAAAUCAUCCUAGUCCUUUUA